GCCAUUUUAACAUGGGUCCUCAAUCUUCACAGCUACAGCCCAAAAAAUACAAAAACCAAAAUAGAGAACUUUCCUUAAUUAACGCCGGUACGUCCCUUACCUUCCAUCGUCGAAACUCGCUCCAAACUCAGCUCCUGGGAAACCGCUUCGAUCUCUCAGGUCGAGUUAUUCUAAGAUGUCGUCAGCACAAGACCCGUUUUAUAUUGUGAAAGAGGAGAUUCAAGAAUCUAUUGACAAGUUGCAAUCUUCAUUUCACCAAUGGGAACGGAUUUCUUCUGACUCGGGAGAGCAAGUGCGUCUUACAAAGGAGCUGCUUGCUGCUUGUGAGAGCAUUGAGUGGCAGGUGGAUGAAUUGGACAAAGCAAUUUCUGUAGCAGCUAGAGACCCUUCUUGGUAUGGCAUUGAUGAAGCAGAACUUGAAAAACGGAGGAGAUGGACCAGCACUGCUCGCACUCAGGUGGGCAAUGUGAAGAAAGCAGUAGUAGCUGGAAAAGAGUUGAAUCUCAGUGGAACUGCUAGUGUGAAUGGGAUGCGCAGAGAAUUAAUGAGGAUGCCUGAUGCACAACAGACUGACAAAUCCAAUCAGUACACUCAAGAUAACGAUGAUUUUAUACAAUCAGAAUCAGAUAGACAAAUGCUUCUUAUAAAGCAACAGGAUGACGAGUUGGAUGAGCUUAGUGCAAGUGUGGAGAGAAUUGGAGGUGUUGGCCUAACCAUACACGAAGAACUACUUGCACAGGAAAGGAUCAUAGGUGAUUUGGAUACGGAAAUGGACACUACAUCAAAUCGACUUGAUUUUGUUCAGAAAAAAGUGGCUAUGGUCAUGAAGAAGGCCAGCGCAAAGGGGCAACUUAUGAUGAUAGUGUUCUUGGUAGUUUUGUUCAUCAUCCUAUUUGUUCUGGUCUUCUUGACCUAAUCCAUAGAAAAUCCGGUCUGAGAUGUUCGUACAUAAGAGAUACAGAUGUCAUGGGAGGAAGCAUACGGGUGCAAAAGGAAAAAGGAAUACAUAAGAAUUGAUGGUGGCUUGAAAUGCUUUCUCAAAGUAAGAAUCUGAAGUGCUGGGAGUUUUUAACAGCUUUUUACAUGCUGGGAUUUGCUUUUGAACAAUUCUGAGUUAUGAAUACCAUGUAUGGCAGGUUUUUAUAACUCUUUCCUUCAUUACAUGUGAUUUUUGUUCUUAUAGUCUAUUUGUUACACGAUGAACUUAUAUUGCUUUA